AUGGCAAGCGUUUUGAAAGGUCUUAUGGGAGUGAGUGAUAAAAAGAAAACUUUUAAAAAGAAUAUUGAUUGUGACAAUAAACUCAAUGAGAGAAUGAAACAAGCGAUGCAACAGAGUACUUCAUCGUUGGGAGUUGCUGGAUUGGAAAAUACUGUGAAAUUACCACCCGGAGAGAAGAAAAAUGAAUGGUUAGCUGUUCACGUCGUCGAUUUUGUAAAUGGAAUUAACAUUCUGUAUGGCUCUCUCGAAGAGUAUUGCACAGCAAGCACUUGUCCUAAAAUGUCAGCUGGUGAAAACUUUGAGUAUUUGUGGAUGAAUGCCGAUGAUCCAAAAUAUGACAAACCAACAGUUGUGAGUGCCAAGGAUUAUGUCUCAUUAUUGAUGGAAUGGGUUGAAUCCAUGUUGAAUAAUGAACAGAUUUUCCCUACUGAUGCCAGUCAAGAUUUUCCAAAGGACUUUUCGAAAAUUGUAAAGAACAUUUUCAAGAGAUUAUUCCGUGUUUAUGCACAUAUUUAUGCUCAUCACUUGGAACAAAUUAAAAUUCUUGGUGAAGAAGCUCACCUUAAUACUGCUUUCAAGCAUUUCAUGUACUUUACCUUUGAAUUUGAUUUAAUUUCUGCAGCCGAAUUAGAACCUAUGGCUGAAGUCAUUGUCUCAUUGAUGGGUGAGAAAUUCAAAGCCAAGCUCAAGAAGUAA